CCGUUUUCCUUCAGUCUCGUGCGACGUCGACUAGUACUCGACUGGUUCCCCUCGAAGGAGGGCUAAUACUCUCCUUCUCCCGGAGAGCUCUGCAGUUGUUUCCUGCCCGUGGCAGAAAGCAGCUGUGGAACGGUCUCUUUGCGAGCGUCUCGCAAAGCGUCCGGUUGCCUCUAGCUACACCUAAUUCGCCCUACACUGCGCUCUACUAGCCCAUUAAUCUCGCCUUGAGGUUCCGCCACGAUUAUCCAGUGGACUUUCUACUGAGCCGUUACACCGACUUCUUUGCUCGUGGAUCUGCAGGGCGCAUAUCCACUCCUUCCCUCAGGAUGGCCUUUGGGGGCUCUUCUUCCCCAACUCGUCCCUCUUCUCCACCUGAUGCAAGACCCAUCCAUUUUGAAGAAGAGAUUGUCGUCGAGUCGGUGGAGGCUGAAGCGAUGCAGGGCGUUGAGGAUGUGGCAGGGGUCUACAAAGGCCAGGAGGGGACAUUGGAUCAAGGGCACAUCGAUAACUUUAUUGCUUUCGGCGGUGCGGAUGCCUCUGCAGACCAAGUCACACCGGCGAGUCAUAUUGUGGAAACCGCUGCACGGUACUCAGCACCGACAUCUGCACUCUCUGAACGGCCACAAUACGCUCAGCACGUGCUCUCCGCAGGGUGUGAAGGCCUUGAAUCCGCUUGCUCGCCUACUUCUGGCCAAACUGUUCCAGCUCCCCAUGUGGACCAUUCUGCGGACGCCUCCGCGCUGCAGACUCCGGGUCCUGUACACCCUGCGUUGGCCACCAACAAUGCACCGACUCCUCCUCCUCCUUCCGAAUCGGCCCUCUCAUUCCAUCGGCUUGAUUCUCUCGUGGAGGGCAAUGUCACAGACCAGGCGCUGCCCGUACUGGAACGGACUGCGGAGGACUCUACACCUUCGCUAUUCGAUAUCGUGGGGUCUUCCCGAGCUCUAAUGCUCGGAACAAUUGGGAAACUUGUUCUCAAAUCCCACAUUGAUCGCAUUCUUGAUAGCAUCCGCGUUGCCGGCGAGGAGACCGGCCUUAGUCCAUCCCAGAUUCUUCACAACAUAUCGAAUUCUUCCAAGCUUCCCGAACUCCGUACAAUCGACAACUGGAACACUUCUGGGCGCAUGUACAAGCGCUAUCCCUGGUAUCACUUUUGCAAGGCUUUCCCCGACGAUCCAUGCCCAGCAGAACCCCUGAAUGACUCGGCUACUUUUCGCGCCUGCUACGAUACUUUCAAAGAAAACCAGAAGGGGGAGGAGGCUCUGCAGACGUCUCGAGUCUUGGAGGCUCAAAUGCUGGAACAGACGAAAGUAGAAUGUUGCAAGAUCUUUCAGAAAGCUGAAAAGGUCGCGAACAAUGUGUCCGAAGCUUGCCAUCGGAUGUAUCACAUUGAAGGGCAAGAUUAUCUUUGCGACUCCGUGAUCAACGAGGAUGGAAGCCUAGGCGCAUCGGUCUCUUCUAGGGGCUUCAAGCAAUACCCAAUCACGGAAGGACUGAGGACUUUGACCCUGGAUGAGCUGCACCAUCUGGAUGAGGACGGCAUGCCAGCAGCAGCACGCUCAUCAGCAUAUGCACUCCUUGAGACUUCUGGCACACAGAUGAUGAGCUCUUCCGGAGGUCCUCCCGAUGCUUUGGUCAGUCUUCUUGCUGAUGCCUCCGCCAAUCCACUUGCGAAUGGUGCAGCCAAUCCUGCUGAUGCAUCCGCUGUGGCUUCUUUGUCUACAGCGCACCAAUUGACGCUACCUGCCCCGGGAUUGAUGCCCCUGCCUGCGUUGCCCACUGUCAAGGCCUGGAAUCCCAAUUUAGUCAAUCAAACUCGGAGUGCCUUGAUUUCUGGUCAUCGUCAUCUGGUCAUCAGCAACAUUCGCACCUGCGCCACAAUUGACAUUGGGAGCGAACCUUUAAGACGGCAGUGUAACAAUUUUCCAUGGGCAGAAGCAGGUGCUCGCUUCCUCAGCUGUCAUUGCCUGCUCAGCGGGCACCCUGCUGCAGUCCGACUUCCAGCGGAGGUCAAGUUGAGGAGAAUGGGUGCUAAGGGCUCAGGGGAUUGGGACGAUGGUAGUCUUGGGGAAUUUGACCUUGCAUUCAAGGCAAGAGGGCGGACACCCAAUGGUCAAUGGAAUGGAAAUGGUCUGGGCUUCCGAAGGCAGGAUGUUGUACCCGGCAGCUUCGUCAUCUUCACUCAUGACUAUCGUUUUGGUCCCAGUGACCCAUUGGACCCCGAGGCGGUUCGUAGACACUUUGCAUCUUCUGGGGGAGAAUUUCUGCCUGCUGAGACCACGAAUGGUGAGGUAUGGCUGGUCAACUAUGACUUCGAUCUCCCAAAUCCGAUCAUUGCCAAGAAGGAGCUCGUAGAGGACAGCAUGAAGGUCUUCCGCGGCCAGGUUAGCCACGGCCCAAAAAAGGCGAAGGAAGAAGGGAAGGGGAAGAAUGGCAGGAAGGGCAAGGGGAAGCAGAAGGCCAAGGCCUCCUCUCAUCGCUCGACGUCCGAGUCUGAGUCUGAGUCGGACGGUGAUGGGGGGGACCAACGUCGAGAUGGUGACGAUGACACCAAGUCGAGUGGUGCAGAUGACGAGCAGGCCGUGGGAAUCACAGCAGUGAUGAGGUCCCAGUCCAGUCCGAAAAAAACGGUAGCUGCCACCACGUCGAAGACCAAGACACCCGAGGCGGCGACCACAUCGAGCACCCCUGCAGAGGCAUCCGCAUCGCCGUUGAACACCUCAGCGGCAGCAUCCGCAUCGACAGGAAAGACUGCCGCAGCAGCAUCUGUGACGCAGUCCAUAGCUGAAUCCGCAUUGAAGCCCAAGACAGCCACAACUGCAUCCGCGACCGUGCCCGAUUCUGGCGCGGCCAAACAAGUUGAAGACACGGCGGACCAACCUUCUGAUCACCAGGUGGAGUCUGCUAGUCAGGCAGUGCACCCCAAGCGGAAGGCGGCAAUCGUUGCAGGGACCAGAUGGGAGAAGCGAGCCCGAAUCGAUCAGUCCACACUGGGCAGAAAGCGCAAGGCCGAAGAACCAGUGUCCGCGGUGCCGCCCGCCAAGAAGCCCAAGUCCAUCCGCCCGAAACGAGCAACGGCCAACAAACAAUUCAAGUCCGCUGAAACUGUUCUGAGCGAGGUUGAGGAAGCGGUUGAGGAGGCCGAAAACACGGACAACGAGGACAACGCAAGCAACAAGGAGAAGGCGCAGGGCACGCAAAGCUCAGCGGCCAAAACCCAGGAUCAGGACAAAGAGCAAGCCGACAAUGCGGGCCCAGCUCCCCCGAAUUUGCGCCGUUCAGCCCGAGAGAGACACCCGCCGCCCUCCAAGCAAAUUGGCGGUGGGCCACAGGAUGCCGAGCCAAGGCCAUCAGACUCAUGGCCACCGGUCAAAGAGCAUGAAAUCUUCCCACUGACGAGGAAACAGUUGGAUUUCUUGAAGUCUUUGGAGAGCAAGCUCAAGACGACUAUUUAUGUGGUCCAGAAGUCGCCCUCUGGUUGCCAGCACCUCUCUAGCAUCAGACUUGGGCAGAAAAUAGUGGGGUGGUGUUUCGGGUCUCUGGUUCAUCCUAGCCCGCAGUACCUGCUCUUCAGUGAUUCACACAGGGAGGAGGCUGCGCAGCCGGUGCCUUCAGGCUCACGGAGCAAUUCACAACCAGCUUUGUCGAGCCAGUAUCACGCUGCAAAGCUUUCAUAAAUCACGCGAGUUUUUUCAAAACCUGGAAAAUUCUGAUAAAAGACAUGCUUAGGAGUAAUAAGCGAAGAGUGAUCAGGGUCUCGAAUGGUUGUGUCACCCAUUCGGGUGACAUUUCGCUGUGAUGUCACCGACGCGGGUGACUUGCCUGAGGUUUCAAUGAAUUGCACCGCAGCUGGCCAAAGAGGGCACCAUGAACGUCGUUGUUCAAGGUGAGAAAGUUGGGGUAAACCGGAUGGUGGUCACGAGCUCGAUUGCAAGCGGAAAGGCGACGUAUGCGGGGUCGAAGAGGUUUUCUGAGCUGGUGCUCUGGGAAUGGGAAUGGGCGGAGAAGCAUCCACACGUUGAGGUGACUACGCGACGUUUGCAUCAUCGCUGUGGAAGCGGUCUGUCGCUGACGCCACCGCACACAGUCAACCCGCCGUUCUUCUUUGAGCCCUUUCCCAUCCACACCCGGUACAUCGAUGUGCGGGAUGUUGCCGCAGGGCAUGUACGGGCCCUGAGCUCACCACCGAUGACGUGAGUCGGCCGCAAGGGUAUCAUUUUCUCUUUGCUGUAUGGAUGGAGCGUUCGCAAACGGCUGGAGUUCAUUGCAGAGCAGCGUCCAGCACUGAAGGCCAUAUGAGCAGAUUAUCGGGAGGAAGCUUCAAGAAACGCACCUGCGUGUCCACCACUCUCUGCUGCAGUAGGUCGGGUAGAGGGCCUCUUAAGUAAGGCAUGCCGCGUGCUUGUCAAGCCCCAUGGUCGGGUCUCCGGACAUCAUGCGUUGCAGCCUCCUCAAGAGCCCCCCGAGUAGAAGCCCAUGGAUGGUGAAAGGAUGGUCGCGUUGGAGGGGCGCUGGCGCUGAAGGGGCGGUGGGGGGGAAGGGGCAGUCGUGCUGGAAGAGUGGCGGAAGGGCAGCCGCGCUGAAGGGGCGGUGGAAAGGGACCCGCCAUCCUGGGAGUUGGAAAGGGACCCGCCGUCCUGGGAGUUGGCUCAUGUCGGGUGUGUCGAGUUGACUGAAAGGAUGUGGCCUCGCCUCCAGGAGUCGACUGAAGGGAUGUGGCCUCGCCUCCAGGAUUGGGAGACGAUAGGGGUAGGGGCAGCUCCUCGAAAGAGCAGCAUUGCCGCCCGCAGACUGGUGACGCGACCAGCCAAACGACGGGUGACGUGGGAGCGUGACAACGCGGCGCCAGGAGGCACUGGAGCCCGAGUUGGCGCGGGCGGAGUCUCAAAUCGACGGUGACGAGGCACAGCCCCCGUCCUCCGAUCGCGGACGUGUCACCCGAAUGAGAUUAAGAACAAGGAACAGCAGCAAGCAACGAAAAAAAGGAAUGAACAAGCGUGCUUAUUUGGGCGGUGGGCCGCAUUGAGGUUUAGCAUCGCGAGCAGAUACAAUUGAGCGGCUAUUUUCGCCGUAGAACAUGGGCGAUUCAUCGAGAGUGAUGAUCCCACCCAGGAGCUGGUCAAUCCAGUGUAUCCUCCCAUUCGUCGCUCAAGUCGUGCCUGGGACGAUUCAUCUGUGAUUGCACUAUACCUGCGCGUUGGGUCUACCUUACCGGCGUCGAAUUUAACAUCAGCGCGUGGAACCAAGGACGGGCGUCAAUUCUACGCUCAGGACCUCGGUCCUGGAAACCUCGAGAUGCUGUCCCGCUUCUUCGCCAAGUAUCCCGAUUACGCCGACAAGACCUUCCUCUCGGUGAAAGGUGCCGCUGGGAUGCAAGGCCCCAACUGCUCGUGGGUAUCCAGCGUAUCGGCUUCAAAGAGUCUGCUCAGUGACAAUUUUUGCAGCGAGGAGAAUCUGCGCGCCGAGAUGGACAAGAUCGCGCGCGCGCUCGGGCCCAUCAAGAAGAUGGAUCUCUUUGAACCCGCUCGCGUCGAAACCCACCGUCCGAUCGAAGAGACCAUGAAGAUCUUGGCUAUGCUCGU